AUGAAGAGAGGCGUCACUGCCAAGACUCCCAAGCAAGCUUUGACACAUAGUUGUCGCAAACAAACUGAUCUUUCUGCAUGGAAAGCAAAUGCCGUGCAGGCGACUGGUCACAAAAAUGGGUGGAAACCUAGCCGGGAUGAAGAGCAAACUGCCACUGAAGAUGUUGAUCACAGGCAAGAUCCGCUUGAGGAAGCUCUGAGCUAUUUAAAGGAAGCUAAAGAUCGCAUUCCUCCAAAAAAUGAAGUUCUGCAGAAACACUUGGAGACUGUGGAAAAGAUUGCCCAAGAGAGAGGCUUGGCACCAGAAGAACUUGACAUAUUGUUGAACAUAGCUCUGAGUGGCAAGUUUGCUGAAGUGGUAAACACACGACUGUUGAAGAACUUGGUUCCCACAUCAGCGAUAAUGGAAGAUUCUGUCAUUUCAGCUGUGUCUUGGCUCUGUGUCGACAAAUGUUCUCGUGCCACCCAGGUGCUCUUUUUAAAAUGGCUAAUUGCAAUGUUUGACUUCAUUGAUCAAAAGGAACAGGUUAAUGCCCUCUAUGGAUUCUUCUUCACCUUCCUACAAGAUGAGAAACUGUUUCCCUUUGCUUGUCAUGUGUUGUAUUUGCUGACUAGAAAAAAGAAUGUGAAGCCUUUUCGUGUGAGAAGACUCCUAGACCUGCAGGCCAAGAUUGGAGCAGAACCACCUCUGCAGGCUCUGCUAUCGUUGUACAAGAACUUCUGUCCUGAGAUGGUCUCUGUGACUUUGCCCACAAACACAAAGGUGCAAUUCAAGAACUCGGAGAACCUGUGGAAAAUGGCCAUCGGCAACAUAAAGCGGCGACUCCAUGGGGCACCACUUGCAUCCCCGCCAAAUCUAAUAGACACAGCUUGUCCCCAGUCCCGGAAGAGGAAAUGGAAUACCAAGUUGGUCGUGCCUGCAUGCAGUUCCCACUCCAACUGUUUGCCUGCGAACCAAAGGACCGGCCCUAUUGAUCUCAUUGGCCACGGUGAUACCUUCCCCGUGGAGCAGCUGCAGACAUUCCCCCAGCUUCUGGAAAACAUCCACUGUUUAGAACUUCCUUCCCGGAUAGGCUCCGUGCUGGCAAACCCUCUUUUGCUCCACUACGUUAACUGUGUUUCUGAUGACUCUGUCUAUCGAAGGAUGUACUACUGGAUGGGCCAGACGCUCAGAGAAGAAUGCCCUUGGCAUAAAGUUGAGAACCAGCAGUUUGAACUGGAAUUCAAGGACUUCUUGAGGAAAAUCUUGGAAGCAGAGUGUUUUUUGCAGGAGGGCUUCUCCUCCUGCGAGGAAUUCUUGUACAGGAGCCUCCCGUUCUGGGACGGCUGCUCCUGUCGGUCACAGGUCCUGCAGCUGGUGAGCUGGAUCCCUCUCAGCACUUUCUCAGAAAUGAAGUCUUAUCUCUUCAAGCCCCUGGCACAGCUCUUUUUCACAUCGUCCCUUUAUUUUAAGUGUAGUGUUCUUGAAAGCCUGAGGGAGCUGUUACUGAACUGGCUGAAUUGGCACAUCUGGCAGACUGGCACAGCAACCAAGUCACAUCUCUUGAACACCACCCUUUCUGACUUGGUUAGCUCCGUGGCAGAUCUCAUCCAUUUUGUUGGCUGGAUCUCGACUGUCGCCCUGCAUUUGGAGAACAACUCCGCUUUCUUGAUGCACUUCAUCCUGGAUUUCUAUGAGAUAGUGAGUGACGUGUAUCUGGCAUAUAACUUCCCCUUGAUUGUGAUGCCUCCAGCUGGAAUCUUCUAUACAGCACUGCUUAGCAUGGAUUCUGUCAAUCUGGACCAUCUCUGCUACAUUAUGUACAGGUACCGAACCAACUUGAUAACUGCAAAACAAAAUCAACAGGCUAAAAAGACAGUGUUACAGUUCGAGUUCAGCAGCCAGACUUGCAAAGCGUACAACCAGUACAUUACGGCCAUGGUUGGGUGUCUGUGGACCUCGAACGUGUUCCAGAAGGACUUCCACCCUCAGGGUAUUCGCAUGGACCCAGAAGUGCUGCAGAGGACCAGAGUGAAAGGAUACAGGAAGAGCUUCAACAUUGUGUAUCACCCUGCCCUGACGGGCUAUGCUAUGCUCUUUCUACAGGAGGCAGAACCAGAAGACAGAACCCCAAACUUCCAAUUAAUUCAGGGGAGGAGAUGGGAGUGGUACCAGGAAUAUCUCUACGCCCAAGAAUUACACGGCCUGAAACUCUUCAUCAAAAGUAGCAUUCACCGCCCUUCCCAGUCCUCGCAGACACAAACGAGCGAGCGAACGGUUGCUUGA